GCCUGCGGAGCACGCACCCCGGCGAGUGCGCUUGCGCGGAGCCGUGGCCCCGCCGCUCCCGCCGCUCCCGUUGGGGGCUCGUCGCUGAGCCGGGCCAUGGGGGAGGCCGAGGUGGGCGGCGGGGGCGCGGCGGGCGACAAGGGGCCGGGGGAGGCGGCCACUAGCCCCGCCGAGGAGACGGUGGUGUGGAGCCCGGAGGUGGAGGUGUGCCUCUUCCACGCCAUGCUGGGCCACAAGCCCGUCGGUGUGAACCGGCACUUCCACAUGAUCUGUAUCAGGGACAAGUUCAGCCAGAACAUCGGCAGGCAGGUGCCGUCCAAGGUCAUCUGGGACCACCUGAGUACCAUGUAUGACAUGCAGGCGCUGCACGAGUCUGAGAUUCUUCCAUUCCCAAACCCAGAGAGGAACUUCGUCCUCCCGGAAGAAAUCAUUCAGGAAGUCCGCGAAGGAAAAGUGACCAUUGAAGAGGAAAUGAAGGAGGAAAUGAAGGAAGACAUGGACCCCCACAAUGGGGCUGAUGAUGUUUUUUCAUCUUCAGGAAGCUUGGGAAAAGCAACCGAAAAGUGCAGCAAAGACAGAGACAAGAACUCCUCAGACUUGGGGGCCAAGGAAGGGGUGGACAAGCGCAAGCGCAGCCGAGUCACCGACAAGGUCCUGACCGCCAACAGCAACCCCUCCAGCCCCAGUGCUGCCAAGCGGCGCCGAACUUAGAUGCUCCUCAGAGAAGGGCUGGCAGGGGUCAGGUGCUCGGCCCCUGCUGCCCGCCCUGGGCCCGGCGGUCUGUGGCACCCACACCCCUAGAAACGGGACCACGGCUUAGGUGGAGUGUGCUUUGUGUCAGUUCCGCUGCUCUCUGCACCAGCGGCCCGAGCUACAGCUGCAUGCCAGAGAGACCUGGAGGAAUGAGCAGCAAUGCCGUUGUCCCCGCCCGCCCAGGAGCACCAGUCUUCCCACUGGGCCGUCUGUCCAUCUGUCCGCUGCGCUUGCUCAAGUGACUGCGUCCUCAGGAGAAAGGCCAGACAAGCCGCAUGCAGCGGCCCCUCCCUCAGCGCCUGAGACACAGCUGGGUGCUGGGCCUCAUUCACUUGUACUGUAACGAUGUGUAUAAUGUGGUUGAUAUUUCACUAUUUAAUUUCUAAGAAGCCUAUUUUACUAGUGUUUUAUAUGAAAAAAUACUGCAGAAGUUAAAAACCUAUGUUGUAUUUUUUCCAAGAUGUUUUGUUUAAGGUAAUGAGCGAUGGGAUAAUUUUUGCUCAGUUUUUAUAUGCCAGACACAGAGAAUUUGUGGUUAUUUUUGUAUUACUGAGUAACUUGCAAACAGACCAAAUGAGUGAGUGGAGGGGAGGCAGACAGGAGGUGAUGGCCGGGCUGGGGGCCUUUGGAACAUUAAAGCACAGAAAGCAA